AAUAAACGUUAGAUAAACAAAUUCCAAAUUUCGUUUCAUCAUGCAACUAUAUAAAUUCGGUACGAUCAACUUAAAAUUCAUUCAUAAAGUGCUAUUCGACUCAAACUAAUCGACUGUGGCAGCAAAAUGACAAAGUUAACUUUUAACAACAGUUUCGCCAGCUUAUCAUUGGAAGGUAUCAGCUACGAUGUGAUUCCAAAUGAUUGUGUGGAUGCUGGACCGGAAGAGAGGGUUAUAACUUUGGAUGAAGUAUCCUGGCACGACACUCUGGAUGAUUGUUGGAUUGUAAUCUACGAUAGGGUUUACGAUAUUACAGAUUUUCAAGAUGAGCAUCCAGGUGGUUUCGAUAUUCUUCUAGAAUACGCUGGGAGAGACGCAAGCGUUGCUUUCAGAGGGUCUGGUCACAGCAAACAAGCUUUAAGAGCAUUAAAUCGUUUCAUGAUUGGUGAACUUCCGAUCAACGAACGGAUUUUCAGGAAAGCUGGAGGUUACAGUUUAAGUGACAUUCCUGAAUAAGUUCUACUGUUUGAUGUACUAUGUCCCUGUGAUAAGUGGCUAAUUUUUGAAUUAGUAUUAAUUGAAGUAAUUUUUUUUGUUACUAAAUAAUAUCUUAAAAUGUAGCUUAA